GGUAGACAAACAAAGCUCGAGUCAUGCCCUCACGAGGCCGCCGACUUGCGUAGCCAGUUUCUCUUGUUCCCCCGGUCAUCACUUCUCCGAAUCCCCUCCACUGGCAACAAGACUUAACAGACAGCUCUGCCCAUUUCAUCAGUUGAUGCUACAGCCCGGCUGCAGUCGAAACCGUCCCGACGACGUGACGGUGUAA